UGUCACAUUUCAAUUAUCCCCAAGUGCAUUUAUCCACAUUAAAUAUUAUUGUUUUGAUUUAGCGAUUAAUUAUUGUAUCUAAUGAUUUUCUAGAACCAUUUUACCGCUAAAAACAUAAUUAUUUAAAUUCUAACUGAUUUUGUUUAACCAUUUCUCAUACAUAAAGCCAAUAUAUUUAUGGGAUUUGUCGAAGAUGAGCUCUCGGAAGUUAAGAAACUCUGCGAGCAUGUCGUUCCAGGCACAAAACUCGUCUCCUGUGUCCCCACGAUGGUCCGCGUCGAAAUAAAAAGGACACAGUACAAGACUAUCAUCGUUUGCGCCCAGUUUCCUGAAGAAUAUCCUAAAGUACCUCUACUGUAUGAGCUGAAAAGUAAAACUUUGUCCGAGAAACUUUUGCUGGGUCUCACCGAUGUUUCUCAGCAGGAUUUAAAAAAGUAUUUGGGAAAGGCGCAAGUUCUCCCUCUAAUCAAGUUCUUACGUAAGUUUAUUGAUGAGAACUCCCUGAUCUGUUGUUAUGAUGAAAUAAGUGCAUUAAGAAAAUUGUUGAGCAGCCAAGAUGACCUGAAAAUCAAACAAAAAACUUCCAGUUUGCUCUUGAAGGUCUAUAAUGGAAAAUACUAUUUGAGAGGAAGAAUUACUGUUCCAGAUGUGUAUCCUUUAACAGCUGUAGACAUACAGGAUAUAGAUACAAAUUUCACACUAACAUUUUACAAGCACAUGGUGGCACAAGCCAAAGAAAUAGCAAGAAGAUGUGUGGAACCCCCACUUAAACCAAAACCAAAAGACCCACCCUUCGUACCAGGCCCCUCACUACAGAAAACCAUUAAUUUUCUUAUCGAUUGUGUGAAAAGAUUACCAACAGAAAACUGUCAAUUUUGUAAAAAAGCUUGUUUUCCUGAGGACCCCCAGCUUUUAGAGAGAGAAGAGAACUCACCAAACCACAUAGAAAGGGUCUACUGUGGUCAUCUGUUCCACCAGGGCUGUUUACUCACCUACAUGAAACAACCGCCGUUUGGCAAUAAAAAAUGCGACAAAUGCGGUCAAAAAAUCUCACAUUUUAGGUGGGACCUCAACGAUAGACUGGCGGAAGCCCGAUGGGCCCACGAACAGGCGAGGGAAAGGGAACUGCAGGAAGUUACCGACUUUUUUACCUAAAGUUCUGUUAGUGAAACGUUGGAUAAGUUGUACUUAAGUGUUGCUAGUUUGUUUAAGAAAUUAAUAAAUGUACAAUUAACAAAGUACAAGUACAAAGUAAUUAAAUUGUAUGAAACAACCAACAAUAA